GUGACUCCUCCAGGUAGAGUCAUAUACUUUUAGGCUGCUGUUGUUUUUGCUGUCUAAAUGUCCUAUUUAUCAGUUUAUAAAUAAAUCUUAUCAUUUAUUUUUAAUACAUUGGACGUUCUGUAUCGUUAUUUAUUCAUUACUCUAGAUCUACUCAAUUACGCAGAAAGGCGACUCAACAACAAUAGAGAAUCUCUCAAAUUCGCAAAGUAUUUUUAUUCCGUGAUAUUAUGUCUGCAGCGAAUAAACUGAAGGUCAUCCUAUUUCUUGGGUCUACAAGAGAUAAUCGUUAUGGCGAAAGAGUUGGAAUUUUUAUGAAGAAGUUUUUAGAAGGAACGAACCACGAUGUUACUUUGUUUGAUCCGCUACAUAUGCCGUUUACUAUGCUAUCGAAACCCGUCUUUCACUACGGGCCCGAGAGGAAAGGAGCUCCUGAAUGGUUAGUUGCCGCUGAAAAUAAAAUAAAGGAAGCGGAUGCAUUCGUCAUUGUUACACCAGAAUAUAAUCAUUCGUUGCCGCCAGCUUUAACGAACAUGCUCGAUCAUUUUGGUAGCUCAGUUUACAGCUGGAAACCAAGCGCUAUUGUGUGCUAUUCUGCAGGUAUCUAUGGAGGCAUGCGCGCAGCCAUGCAAGCAAGAGCCCUUCUAGGAGAAAUUGGGGCAUUAGCAAUUUCAAAUAUAUUCGGCAUACCCCAAGUUAUGAAGGCAUUCGAUGAGGCGGGUAAUCCUCAAGAUAGCCAUAUGGAAAGUGGUGCGAAAAAACUCAUUACUCAAUUAGAUUGGUAUGCCAAUGCGUUGAAAAAUCACCGCCAAUCCGAAGGAAUACCAAAUUAA